GGGACCCCCAGCCCCUGCCCCACCCCACAGGGCUCGGGGCUGCUGCAGGGACCCUGGGAGGAGGAGCAGGGCUGUCUCUCCCAUCCUUGUCCCUUCAUUGUCUCCUCCCCUUUGGCCUCAAAGACUCCCUCUCCCACCAAGAAAUCUCUUCUGCUUUCUCUGACUCUCCAUCUCUCUCUUACUGUGCUUCCCGAUGUCUCUCUGUGUCUCUCUGUCUCUGAGGCACUCACAGUGUCUCUGCGGCAUCUCCAUCUCUGACCCAACCCAUACCAGGGCCUGUCCGGCCACCACACACCGAACUGCCGGCCUCUGGGUCCCUGAGACCCUUUAACCUGUGAGGAUGUCCAGGAUCACAGGUGAGGUUCUUGGGAGCCUGGCAUCCGGCCCAACCACAGCCUGAAGAUGGCAGGCCUGACCCCUGACCCCCUCAUAUCCUUCCCUCCCUAAAAACCGCAAGCCUGACAUUUGACCUGCAAAUGAAAUCUGACCUCUGACCUCAUACCAUAAGCCCCUCCCCCAUCCCACAAUGACCUCACAAAGGUCACUAGCUUCUUGCCAGCCCAAGACCCUUUGCGAUGGUCCGGUUGGCUCCAGCAAGUGCUGUUCCGUGCGCCAUGGUGGCCCUCUCAGUCUUUGGGGCCCCCACCUGGGCCUGCCUCUUCUGCUUCACAUCCUACAGUGAGCGCCUCCUCGUCUGCCAGACCUUCGUGGGCAUGGAGGGCCCCAAGCUCAAGAAGUGUGAGGAGGCGUUCACGGCUGCCUUUAAGCACCUCCGGGACACCGAAAUCAACUAUGACGAGAGAAGCCACCUGCAUGACUCCUUCACCCAGAUGACCCACUCCCUCCAAGAGGUGGCCACCGCCAAGGGGUCCUUUGAGGUUGCCUUCCUUGAGGCCGCGGACCAAAUGCAGAAGGUCAUUACACAGCUUAAAGAAGUCCCGGCCUGCAUCCCUCCCUGCGGACUCCAGGAGGUCGCCCGGCGUUUCCGCUGCCACGGGUGCUACUCCACGGUUUGCGAGCUCCCGUUGGACUGCCCAGUUCAGGAUGUGACAGCGAAACGGGGUGAUCAGGCUAUGUUCUCUUGCACGGUGAACUUCCAGUUGCCAAAGGAGGAGAUCACCUAUUCCUGGAAGUUCGCAGGAGGAGGUGUCCGGACUCAGGACCUGGCCUUCUUCCGAGAGAUGCGGCAGGCCCAUGGAUACCUGGCGCGGAUCCGGCCCGUGCAGCCAACGCACCACGGGACCUUCUCGUGCGUGAUCUCGCACGAUCAGCGCCCCCUGGCGCGACUCUACUUCUUUCUUAACGUGACGGGUCCGCCUCCGCGUGGGGAGACUGAGCUCCAAGUCUUAUUUCGGGAAGUGCUUCGUUGGGCCCCGCGGGAGACGAUCGAACACUGGCGGCCGAGCCUGGGCGAGCUGCUGGCCAAGCCUGGGGCUCUGACGCUAAGCAACCAGUGCCUGCUCGCGGCCGCCGCCGCCUUUGCUUCAGCCGGUGUGACCCUGCUGGCGUGGAUGUUCUUUCGAUGGUACUUCAGAGGCAACUAAUAAAGGUAUCUUUCUUUUCCUUAUCCUGUUUCCAUUCCUAAAAUAAAGAAUAUA